GUAACGUGACUGUAAUGAAACGGGAAGUUCGUGAUUUACUCACAGUCAAGCUGCUUUAUUCUUUCAACAAGAUACCAAGACUUGUGUGUUUCACCUGAAGACAUUUGCUGCUAAAUACUAAAGCGAGUCCUGUUCGUUCAUCACGGGUGUUGGUGUUUUAUCAGCAGGUCAUGGGCUCCAUGUUUCGCAGUGAAGAGGUUUGUCUGGUGCAACUCUUCCUCCAGUCAGGAUCUGCUUACAACUGUGUCAGUGAACUGGGAGAACUGGGAAUAGUGGAGUUUAGAGAUUUGAAUCCGAAUGUGAAUGCGUUCCAAAGGAAGUUUGUGAGUGAAGUGAGGAGAUGUGAAGAGCUGGAGAAAACGUUUGUGUUUCUGGAGCAGGAGAUCGUUCGGUCUCUUACUCAAACACUGCAGCCCCCCAUUCCAACCCCUCCAGCCCCUCAGCCCAGAGAGCUGCUCACCAUAGAGGAGGACAGCGAACGCUUAGCCCGGGAGCUUAGGGAGGUAUCCAGGAACAGAGACAGUCUGCGAUCACAGUAUACUCAGCUAUGUCAGUACAGAGGAGUUUUGAAACAGACCCAUUCACUCACAGUAUCACAGGCACCGCUGGUCGCGUUCGAUCCAGUGGGUCUGACUGAGAACAGACAGGACGUCAGGUUGAGUUUUGUGGCAGGUGUGGUUCACCCAUGGAAAGUUCCCGCUUUCGAGAGGCUGCUGUGGCGUGCUUGUCGCGGUUACAUCAUCGUGGACUUUCAUGAAAUGGAAGAGAAACUCGAACAUCCUGAUUCUAUUUUUCAGGGCGAGGAGGUGCAGUGGACCGUGUUUUUAAUCUCAUUUUGGGGAGAUCAGAUCGGCCAGAAGGUGAAGAAGAUCUGUGAUUGCUUCCACACACAAACCUUUCCUUACCCUGAGAACCAGACAGAAAGAGAAGAAACUCUUAAUGGACUGAGAGGAAGAAUCGAGGACAUCAAAUCAGUGAUGGGUGAGACCGAGCAGUAUAUGCAGCAGUUGCUGGCUCGAGCUCUGGGUCGUCUGCCUGAGUGGCGUGUGCAGGUUCAGAAGUGUAAGGCCGUGCAGAUGGUCCUGAACCUCUGCAGUCCGUCUGUCACUGAUAAGUGUCUGAUCGCUGAAGCCUGGUGUCCUGUCAGCCAGCUGCCCGCCCUACAGAGCGCCCUGAGAGAGGGUGGAAGGAAGAGUGGCAGUAGCGUGGACUCAUUCUACAAUCGUUUGCCGGCCACCACCUCUCCACCGACCCUCUUCCCCACUAAUGCUUUCACUGCAGGCUUUCAGAAUAUAGUGGAUGCGUAUGGAGUGGCCAGCUAUAGAGAAGUCAAUCCAGCUGUGUACACCAUCAUCACUUUUCCCUUCCUGUUUGCCGUGAUGUUUGGGGAUGUUGGUCAUGGUCUGCUGAUGGCAUUAGCCGGACUCUGGAUGGUUCUGGAGGAGAAGGAUCCUAAACUAAGAAACAGUACCAAUGAGAUCUGGCGUAUGAUGUUCGGAGGUCGAUAUCUGAUUCUGUUAAUGGGCUUGUUCUCUGUCUACACUGGAGCCAUUUACAAUGAGUGCUUCAGCAGAGGACUGACCACCUUCUCCUCAGGCUGGCACGUCCAACCCAAUGCUGAAUAUUACAACUGGACUGAGAAUACUUUUAGGAGUAAUCAAUAUCUCUCACUGGAUCCAAACGUCACAGGAGUUUUCACCGGUCCAUAUCCUUUUGGAAUCGAUCCUAUUUGGGGUCUGGCCAAUAACCACCUGACAUUCCUCAACAGUUAUAAGAUGAAGAUGUCUGUUAUUAUUGGGGUUAUCCACAUGACUUUUGGUGUGUGUUUGUCCUUCUUCAACUACAUCCACUUUCGGGAAACCAGCAGUGUGUUUUUGGUGCUGAUCCCGGAGCUGUGCUUCAUGCUCUGUCUGUUUGGAUAUUUGGUUUUUAUGGUCAUCUAUAAAUGGGUGGUGUAUGGACCUAUGACCUCAAACUCCGCCCCCAGCAUCCUGAUUCAUUUUAUAGACAUGUUCCUGUUUACGGAGAACAAGGACAACAAGCCGCUGUAUGAGGGACAGAUAAUAGUGCAGAAGGUUCUGGUGAUUGUGGCUCUUCUGUCCGUUCCUGUGCUUCUUCUUGGAAAACCAAUUCAAGAAUACAUCACAUAUAGGAAGAAGAAAUCUCAGCUGACAGGAGACAGACGUCCUCUAUUAUCAGAAAACGGCUCUAUAAACGCUCAACAUGGAGCCAUGGAAAGUGGAGAAGAAGAAGAGGAGUUUGAUGCAUCAAAUGUGUUCAUGCACCAGGCCAUUCACACUAUAGAGUACUGUUUAGGGUGCAUCUCUAACACUGCGUCAUAUCUGCGACUCUGGGCCCUCAGUCUGGCUCAUGCACAGUUGUCUGAGGUGUUGUGGUUGAUGGUGAUGAGGUUCUCAUUCCAGCAGCUCAGUUAUUUGGGCUCAAUCAUCAUGGUUGUUAUAUUCGCAGCAUUCGCUGUGCUGACCGUAUCGAUCCUGCUGGUCAUGGAAGGCCUGUCUGCUUUCCUGCACGCUCUACGUCUUCACUGGGUGGAGUUUCAGAAUAAAUUCUACAGCGGUUCAGGCUACAAGCUCAGUCCAUUUGCCUUCUCGUCAAUCAUCAGCAGCUCCUCUCUCAACUGAACAUGAUGAAUUACUUUCUGUUAGUGGACAUGCACAUUUUAACAUGUAUGAUUGAAGUAUUUCCUGUCUUUGCGUUUGCUUGAAUGCUUCUAUACAAAAAGCUGGACCUUAAUGCUCAGAGGGAUGUUUAGAGCGUUGUGUAUCCACAUCCAGUACAUUAACACUGUGAAACUGACGGUGAGAUUGAAGUAUUUUAGCUGACUGAACACAAAUUUUAAUUAUGUCUUGAGCCUUAAUGGGUCAGAAUGAGGUAUUGAUAUGAGAGCACUUGCAUGAUUAUCUUAGUACACUGUAACAAAUGACAAUGAUAAGAUAAUUUAGCAAUACAAAAUGUAUAAUGUAUGUGUUUGUGAAAUAUAAUGUACAUUCUUUAUCAUGGCAGUACUUUUAUUUAGUUCCAACAUAAAAAUAAAUAAAAAAGUAAUUACAGUAUCACCCCAAAGUAAUUCAGAGUAAUUCACACUGCUUUAUCAGCUUGUCAAUUAAUAACUUAAAAUGUCUUAUAACGGUAUAUAUUUAAAGGGACUAAUCUUACUUUCUGGUGCUUUUAUUUUUGCUCUUCUGUUAUAAUGUAACCUUUUAUGUUUUUGAGUUGAAUCACGCAGUGUGCAUGUGAAGCCUUACAGUGGUAUUCCCCACUAUCAAUAAAGACCAAAUGUAAUACA